UCGCAUCUUCAAAAGUCCUAUGAAACAUAGGAGUUUGUACUACACAUGCACUAAUUUACAUACUCCGUAUUAUGUCGACUGUCAGUCGAGAAGUUCAGAAUUAUCCAAAUAGCUUAUUGUUUGAUUGAAAAUUAGUUGAUAAAUCCUAAGCUAAAUCUAAAGCAAAAAUCUUAAACUGAUUAUGCAUUAAUAUGCUUGGUGUGCAUCGUUGUGGCUAAUUAGUAUUAUAGACUCUGAAAUUUUUGCAAUAGUUUCUAUUCGCGAUCUAUGAGGAAAGAAUUUGUGUAAAAUAAUAUAUACAAAUGUUUUAUGAGUAUAUACAAGUAAGACGAAUGAAUCUUGUAUAUGACAACUUGCUGUACUAUGGUUGAACGAGAAACUUAUAGUUGCAAUCAUCACUUGUAUAUGUAAUUGUGUACAUUUUUGUUGAAAAUUUACAAAAUUUAUGUCUUUUUAAUGCAAAACACACAAUGUUUAAGUGUAUUUUUCUUGUUGCAACAAUCUUUUUAACCUGUCUUUCGGAAUCUGAGGCGCAAUACGAUGAUAAAAGAUGCAAAUGCAUUUGUCCGAGUCUCUCUUCCGUUAUAAACACAACACAGUCAUCUAUGGAACGCCUCACAUAUAUCAUAAAUGUUCCACCGUUACAAUGUAAGUGCGAAAGCGUUGUUCUACCGAAACUUGGAGAACAGAUAAAAGGCAAAGAAGAGAUAUUUUGUCCUCGAUGUGACUGCAAAUAUGAAAACAGAAACACAACUAUUAUUAAAAUCGUGGUGAUAAUAGUUAUAUGGGUUAUAUCACUGUUAGUAAUUUAUAUGUUGUUCUUAAUCUGCCUGGAUCCGUUACUUAAUAAGCGGAUACAUAAGGCUUCGGCAAAUAUUGGUUAUCAUGAACAUAAUAAUGAGGAGGAUGAUUCAUCUAUCACACCUGGAACAUCUCAUCCAAUGGGAGAAAGGGGCAAUGUCUUAAAUCGUGUGGGACAUCAGCAAGACAAGUGGAAACGACAAGUGCGCGAACAAAGGCGAAAUAUUUAUGAUCGGCACACUAUGUUGAAUUAAAUCCCGCAUUUUGUUUUUGGAAAAUAUGUGAAGCAAAGCUGUGCGAGAAAUAAACAGCGCUAACGAACGGAAAUUUUGGUAUUCUGUUUGGUAAAAAGAGAAUGCGUAACUACGAGAGAAAGUCAAAAAGUAAAAGGGCAUUUUCAAUUUCAUUGAUUUAGGAAUCAAAAAAGUUUCUUUAUUUUUUUUACUUUCUUUAGUAGUUAGAAAGAAAGAGAAAAUUCGCUCCCAACUGUCACUGACGAGCGAGUGAAAUCAGAAUUGCUUGAAUUCAAUUAGUUGCACGAUUCUGAUGUAAAGUUAAAACAGAUGAAACUUUAGUAAAUAUUUAUGUCGACUAUUCAUUUAAUGUUUUGAAACGGUUCUUUUACCUAAAUAGUUUAUAUUGGUAAGAGCGUAAUGCAGUAAUAAAGUGAUAUUAAAAGUUAGCAAAUUUGCAAUUAUUUACAAUCGUGUAAUAUUUUAGCAGAUGAUGUACACUGCUACAUUAAUAUUAAAGAUUAUAUAUUAAGAUGUACGAAAGCUUAUAAUUUAUUCUGAUAUCUUAUUAUAUGAUAAUAUGGAUAAUAAUAUAUCCUAUUAUAUGAUAUCUCUCUCCUCUGCUAGGAAGUUUAUCGAUAAGAAAAAUUAGCAUGUCUAUUUUUUCGACUGCUUAAACAUGCAGACAUUUAAGAAAAAUUGUCUGUCGUGCAAAUAAAAUUGGAACCACGA